UGAAAGUGUCAUUCAGUGUUUAUGGUGGAUGGUGUUUUUGUAGAAAGAGGCAAUUUCUUGUGGAAUCAUGGCUUCUGCAGAGCCAGUGAACAAGACAUGGGACUUGUCCCUGUACGAGAUCCACCGAUCUCCACAGGAGGCCAUCACGGACAACACGGAAAUCGCGGUGUCGCCGCGAAGUCUCCACAGCGAGCUGAUGUGCCCCAUUUGUUUGGACAUGCUGAAGAAGACGAUGACAACAAAAGAGUGUCUGCACCGCUUCUGCUCGGACUGCAUCGUGACGGCGCUGCGCUCCGGCAACAAGGAGUGCCCCACGUGCCGGAAGAAGCUGGUGUCGAAGCGCUCGCUGCGCCACGAUCCCAACUUUGACUUGCUCAUCUCGAAGAUCUACCCGAGUCGGGACGAGUACGAGGCGCACCAGGAGCGCGUGCUGGCUAAAUUCAACCAGAGCCACUCACAGGCAGCCCUGGUGAACUCCAUCACGGAGGGCAUAAAACUGCAGUCGCAGAAUCGGCCGCAGCGCAGCCGGAAGAACAACGAGGAGAACGGAAAUCAGCCCGCGAACUCCUCCAGCGGCAACGGAGCCAGCAAUCCGACCAGUGGCGGUGACUCCGCCACCCGGGAGUCCUCUUCCAGCGCCGGAGCCUCGGCCGGCGGCGAGCCCAAUCGCCAGGCGUCCAAUCCGCCCUCCAUCCGGAGCACGCCGUCGCCCGUGCUGUCCACCAACAGCUACAACAGCAAGCUGAAGCGCUCGCGCUCCGUGCUGACGUCCGAGCGGUCCGAGGAGUCCGAGAGCAACAGCGAGAUGGACUGCCGAACGGAAGGAAACGACUCCAACAUCGACACCGAAGGCGACUGCAAUUCCGACGUGGGCAUGAGCGACGAAAUCGAGCUGGUGUUCAAGCCGCAUCCCACGGAAAUGGCCGGAGACAAUCAGCUGGUGAAGGCGCUCAAGGAGAAUUCCGUGCGCUACAUCAAGACCACGGCAAAUGCCACAGUUGAUCAUCUCAGCAAGUAUCUGGCAAUGAGGUUAACACUCGACUUGGAAACUGAGCUUCCCGAGCAGUAUCGCUUAGUGAAUUUCUGCAUCUACAUCGCUCCGCAGCCAUCUCAGCUGGUCGUCUUGAGCGGAAAUCAGUCUCUGCAGCAGGUCAAUGAGAAGUUUUGGAAGGUGAAUAAACCCCUGGAAAUGUAUUAUUCAUGGAAGAAGUCCUAGGGAACAGUCUUUCGUCCUCCCAAUGAGGGCACCAAGACUUCCCAUCAUCAUCACUCGAAAUAGUGAAGGGAAGACGAGUUGAUUUCCCUCUUUUUCUUGAGUUCUCUUGCGUGAAAUUUGCGUCUGUUAAUCACGUACUUUCCAUUUAUUUACUUAUAACUUAACUGAGUAGAUUUGUCAAUUUGAUUGAUUCUUUAUCCAUGAAUCUCUGAGGCAGAUGAUUGUAUCCUUUUUUUAGUGUGUAGUUUCUUUAUUGGAUACAAAAGGAGGAGGAGGAGGAAACAGUGAGGAAUGUAUGGUAGGACAUAAUUAUUCUCUUUAUGUACACGUAAAUGCUUAUAUAUUUACAUAAAUGUUAGGUGUAAAAUGCGAAGCAACAAAAGUGUCUCAACUUGUGACAACUUUGGAAUGGAGGAAUUACACACAUUUACCAUUGUAAGAUGAUAAUGAUAAUGAAUAA